AUGAAGAAGAGUGCUUUUGAGAAGAUGGUGAUGCAGAAGAACAAGAGCAAGGGAAGCCACGAGGAUCAGAAGCAGCAGCAGUGUAAGAGGUUGUUGGUGAGUAUCAACGUACUUGGGAGCGCAGGGCCAAUAAGGUUUGUGGUGAAUGAAAAAGACACUGUUUCUGCGAUCAUUGAAACUGCUCUCAAGUCCUAUGCUCGUGAAGGCAGGCUUCCUCUUCUUGGUUUUGAUCCCACCGACUUCCUCCUUUAUAAUGCAUACUUUGAUGCUCUGAAUCCAUUGGAAGCCAUAGGAUCUUAUGGAGUGAGGAACUUUGUGCUGUGCAAGAAGCAAGUAUGUUCAUCAAAGACAGAAUGGAACACAGAGCUGAUAUCUCAGAAAAGCAAUGGUGGUAGUGGCUGGAAGGCAUGGUUCAACAAAUCAUUUGGAUUGAAAAUUUUAUCCCAUUGA